AUGGAAACCUCAAUCAAAGCGACCGCGUUGGAGACGCUGGAUAUGGGUAUUAUGGACCAAAGGAAUCCAGGGGUCUCCCAACAUGGUGGAACGGCACUGGACGACGAUGAAAUGCAUCGCAUGGGAAAAAUUCAAGAGUUUAAGAGAAACAUGCGACCUCUUGCUGCAUUGAGCUUUGCAUCAGUCUUGCAAGCCACUUGGGAAUAUCUGAUCAUUUCAGACUACCAGGGAUUAGAGAAUGGAGGCCUAGCAGGCAUGUUCUGGUCAUAUAUGUGGACAUUUAUCGGAUUUGGAUUCAUCAUUGUGUCGUUGUCGGAAAUGGCUUCAAUAGCACCUACCGAUGGAGGCCAGUACCAUUGGGUAUCAGAGUUUGCGUCACCUCGACACCAAAAGUUCCUCAGCUAUGUUACUGGCUGGAUGUCCGUACUGGCAUGGCAAGCUGGAGCAGCUUCUGGAUCCUUCCUCACUGGCACUAUCAUCCAGGGAUUAAUUAGUGUUCGAAAUCCGGAUUACGAUCCUAAAGGUUGGCAAGGCACAUUACUUGUGUUCUCAAUGGUUCUGAUGAUAUACAUUUUCAAUGUUUAUGCGUCAGACCUAAUGCCAAUCUUAAGCAAUAUCUUGAUGAUUCUUCACAUCUUUUGUUGGGCCGUGAUCUUGAUCGUCCUGUGGGCUAUGUCUCCUCACCGAUCUGCUAAAGAUGUUUUCGUCUCAGAUUGGCAAAAUCUAGGAGGCUUACCUACAAUGGGUGUGAGUGUGAUGGUUGGACAAAUCUCAGCUAUCUACGGCUGUCUUAGUUCCGAUGCGUGUGCGCAUAUGUCGGAAGAAAUUAAGGAUGCCGGCCGGAACGUACCACGGGCAAUGGCCUGGGGGUAUUUCAUCAAUGGAAUCAUGGCUGCCAUCUUAUUGAUUGCCUACCUUUUCGCCACCCCAUCCGUCGAGGAUUCUCUAAAUGACGAUACCGGAUUUCCAUUCCUCUACGUGUUCAAGCAAGCUACCAACACAGCAGGAGUCAACGGGUUAACAGCCAUCAUCUUAUUACCUGUUAUUUUCAGCAACAUCAUGUUCAAUGCCUCAACCUCUCGCCAAACUUGGGCUUUUGCUCGUGAUAAGGGUCUUCCCUGUUCUCGAUGGAUUUCCAAAAUCGAUCCUAAGCGCAAGAUCCCCGUUAAUGCUAUCGCCCUGUCUUGCAUAUUCAGCUGCCUGCUUUCUUUGAUCAACAUCGGCUCUGAUACUGCAUUCAACGCCAUCAUCUCUCUUAACACCGCUGCCUUGAUGUUCACCUAUGUGAUCUCGAUGACCUGUAUGAUCUGGCGAAAGAUCUGGCAUCCCGAUACCCUACCUGCUGGUCGGUGGGAUAUGGGGGGGAAUUGGGGGUUGGCUGUGAACAUCAUUGGCCUGUGUUACUCCAUUUUCGCUAUGUUUUGGUCGUUCUGGCCAGGCGAGCUGCCGGUCACUGCUGAAAACUUCAACUGGAGUGUCGUGAUCUUUGGGGCCGUUUUCAUUCUUAGUCUCUUCAUGUAUGUCAUCAAGGGGCGAAAGGAGUAUUCUGGCCCAGCUGUGGAUGUCAAACGUGAGGACUAA